AUGGCGCCACCGCGCCAGCGCGCGCGGCCGAGCGAGCCGCCGCCGGCGGAUCUGCUGGGCUCCCUCCCGCCGCCCCUGCUCGACGCCAUCCUCGCCCGCCUCGACAUCCGGGACGCCGUCCGCACCUCCGCGCUCUCCCGCGAAUGGCGCCGCCGCUGGGAGGCCCUCCCCUGCAUCUCCCUCUCCUUCCUCGACAAGCGCGGCGCCACGCCCACCUCCACCUCGGUGGCCGUCGACCGCGUCCUCGCUCGCUACCCGGGCCACAUCUCCAGCUUCUCCUUCCACUGCGACAAGUACUCCGCCGCCCGCGUCGCCGACUGGCUCGUCGCCCUCUCUACCCGCGGCGUCAGGUCCAUCAACCUCCAGUGCUCCUACUACUACUACUCCAUCACCCUCCACUCCUCCGUCUUCCUCUGCACCCACCUCGUGCACCUGGAGCUCAACGGCUGCCUUAUGCCGCCUCUCCCAGCGGGGUUCACCGGCUUUCCUGUGCUCGAGGAGCUAAAGCUCUACGCCGCCCAGUUCCCCGAGAACGGGGAGAGCCUGCUGGAGGAGAUUCUCGGCGCGUCGCCCUCGCUUAACACCCUGAAUCUUUCCUACCUGUACAUCCGCGACGAUGGCCCCCAAAACGAGUGGGUGAUUGGGGGACCUAACAUACGGAACCUUACCAUAAAUUCGGAUAAAUCUUAUGGUUGGCGGAUCACAGACCUGCCACGCCUCGAUGAAGCCACCAUCGAUUUGGGAAAGUAUGUGAGCUCUGGCGAUUUCCAAGGAUUCAUUGCCGGGUUUGCACAAGUUAGGAAGCUCAUCCUCCAUACGUGCUACCCGCUGCCACCGCUAGCAAAUGGUCAUUUAAUGGAAACUCUUCCAUGUACAUUUUACAACUUAAAGAGUUUAAUCCUCUCUACACAUUUCUGCGAGAGGCCAUCCAUUUUGUCAACCUUUUGCUUACUAAUGAAUGCUCCUAAUCUAGAAGUACUUGAAAUUACGAUUGACCGUAAUUUCGUGGAUGAAAUUGAAGCAAAUGCAGAGAAUCAAAAUAUACAAUGCACUGAUGACUUCUGUGCCAACCUCCAGGUUGUGAAAAUAAAGGGUAUUGGCUGGUUGCCAAGUGAAAUGUGUUUUAUCGAGCUUGUUUUAUCUAAAGCAAUAGUUCUUCGCACAAUGUAUCUUAGACUUGGUUAUGAAAGCUCAAAGUCUAACGAGGAUGCACUGUGUGAACUAAUGACAUACAGAAGGGGUUCACCUCAUGCUCAAGUCUUCUUCAAUGGUGAGAUUGAAUAGAUUGUUAAUUGCAGACUGUCUUUUGUGUCUUGCUGGGAAUGGUUGCAUAAUACAUUUAGGUGGCUUACUUGCAUACGUUGGUGUCAAACCCUCUUUUGAUCUUCUCUAACUACAUACCCUUGGAGGCUAGAUAUGCAUCCCGAAGAAAAUGGCUGCUGGCAGGAGCUACUAUAACGCUCUGUUUUGGUCAUAAGUAAUCCUUGCACAACUUGGGUGCCUUUCCUGUGCUAAUGGCCUGCAAAAGUUGCAAAUAACUCUUUUAUUUGUUGUUUCGAAUUUUCAAUGAGAAUUACAUGGUGUAGCUGUUCGAUCA